UAUAUUUUGGGUGAGACGUAUUAACUGUGCGCACAGUAGAGACUUUGAAGACGGUGUGCUUUUAGUACGGAAGACGGAAGGCUUUUGAUUUAUGUUUAUGAUGUUUCUAUGCGUUUUGAGGUUUCUACCAUCUGAGCAGUGACGGAGCUGAAGACUGACACGUUAAAAAUGUGAUCUGACGGUAACCAGGCGACCGCUUUCUGCAUCAAUACCCGUAUUUCCGUACUAAUACCAACUAUCUCUCUCAAUUUUCGGGACGACUCGUGCUGAAAUCUCCUAAUAUGAAGCAUCGCUUGGUAGAUUGAAUUGGUCAUAGAAUGGAGGUUCCUGCAGUAAACCACAGCUAUACACAUCCACCACCACAGCCAUGGGCCGGACAGAGUCCCAGGACCCCAACCAUGCCUCCACCCAGCUGUCCAUUUCCUUCAUAUCACUAUCCAAACCUGAACCCAGAUCAGCAGAGUGUGACCCCCAUGACCCAAACGACAGGAACCGCAGCAGGCCAUCAGCCUCAGUCACUGUACUGGGACCCCUCACAGCAAAGCUACCAAGGAGUAUUAAAGCCUGUUCCUGAGAUUACAAAUAAGACGAAUCAAGGAAUGCCACAGAGAAGCUACUCAUUACCAACGAGUCCAGUGUCAAAUUCUAAGACAGAGUCUCGGUACGGCCUGGAUCCUCAGCUUCUGCCCAGUGUGGUAAAUGAACCGGCCCUCUUAUUCUGUAAUGUUUCCAUUAAGACAGCUCAGGUCCAGGUGAUUAAAGAGGACAGGAUCCAGUGGGAGGGGAAAGUGUUUGUUUCAGAAUGCAAAUCUUCAGUUCCCCCUCUCUCCUCAACACAAUGCACCCUGGAGGACAGAGGUAAUGCCACACCUCGUUUUAUCCGCUGCACGGCCUACAGCUUCCCUGUGGAGGCUCAGUCAGCUCAGAAGAGUCAUCUCCCGCUGGGUGCAAUCGUGUGUCCGCUGGCCAGGCCGGAAAAAGGAGAACGUGAUGUGCCAGUUUGUGAGGUGGGAGAUUGUGUUAAGGGCUGUGCACACUGCGGGGCCUUCAUGAGCCCUGCUAUGAGCUGGCAGGACUGCGGGCAAAGAUUCUACUGCCCUUUCUGCGACAAACUCAAUGAAGUAUGUAUUUUUCUCAUAGUGCCAUGGCAGUCCUAUCAGCCCACUAAUCAGGGUCGCCGUGUCGACUGCGAAAAAAAACCUGAGCUCAGUCUUGGCUCAUAUGAGAUCCUGGAAAAAGAGACGGGUAAAGCUGCUGUGUUGCUUCUGGCGAUAGAUGUAUCUGCCAGUGCGAUGAGAACGGGGCAGCUAAACCACAUUUGUAAGCAGAUGUGUUCUCAACUGCAAGCUUUAAAUGGGCCUGAAGAAACUGACCGAUCAGAUCUUCGAGUGGGUUUGAUGACCUAUGACAGCCGGAUCCAUCUGUAUAACCUGAGUCCAGCUCUGUCCCGUCCUCACAUGAUGGUCAUCACUGACUGUGAGGAGCUGGAACUUCCUGUGGUGGAGGGCCUUCUGGUGCCACUGAAAGACUGCAGACACAUUCUUGAGAGAGUUCUACAGGAAAUUUCACUUUUCAACCCUGAGUCGGAUGGAUCCGGCUCACAAGAGCUUUCUGUUUGUGCAGGGCUGAAGAUUCUUCAGGAUGCAGCGUCUCCAGGCAAAUUAUUGAUCUUUCAUUCCUCGCCUGUUUCUGAAGGCUCAAAUCAGAAAAGCUCCUCUGGUUUCUUCAGCUCUAGCAAAGUGAAGUCCAUCUUCCAAGGACCAGAUUCUUCGAUCUCAUUGGCUAAAGAAUGUGUCAAUCAAGGCUGCAGCGUGCACAUUUUUGUGUUCUCCCAUCAUGAAGUAGGCGGGGCUUGGCCAGGGCACAUCCCCUUUCUCACAGGGGGUGGGGUCAUCUGCUAUAACAGUCUACAGUCGGAGAUGGAACAGGAACGCUUCCGAGCUGAUCUGAGCAGAUGUGUGGAUAUGCAGAUGGCCUUCAAAGUUCAGCUCAGAGUUUUUGUCACUAAAGAGAUGCGCAUAUCUGGUUGCUAUGGCUCCUUCAUCGCCGGUCCUGACUCCUGCUGUGUUGCCAUGGCAGCGCUUGAUUGGCACACAGCUCUGGCAUUUGAGUUCACUCACAACAAGUCUUUGGAUGAAACGAGGGGUGUAGCCAUACAGUUUGUGCUGUCAUACAGUAGCUCCUCCGGAGAGAACAGGACACGGAUACACACCGUUAUUCUGUCCGCUUCCAGUCAACCGCUAGACACCUUUAGAAGCAGCCAGGCCGAGACGCUCCUCACAUUCUACUGCAAGAAAUUGUAUUCAUUAGCACUGGAGAGUCCGCUGCAGUCCCUGCGUGAGGAGUUACAGACGGAGGUUACUGAGAUGUUGGCUUGCUUCAGGAAACAAAGCUGCACUACCUCUGUGUCCCCAGGACAGCUGGUGCUGCCUCAGUUUCUGAAAGCCGUACCUGUCUACAUUAACAGUCUGCGCAAAAGUGAAGUGCUGCUGCCUGGGCUGUGGAGCUCUGUACAUCAGCGUCUACAACUGCGUAGCCUCAUUGUCUCCAUGGACACGCUGAGCACUGCUUCUCAGUUCUACCCACUUAUUCUGCCUCUGUCUGUCUCUGCUGAUAAUGCCAACAUGCCAUCAUUAGGGGAAGCCGUGCGCUGUACUGUCUCUAGUCUGGAUCCAGGGGGUCUGUAUCUGAUCUACUGCCCACUGGCACUGCUCCUUUGGGUGGGCAGCUGUGUGCCUCCUCACACUCUUCUACAGCUUUUCAACACCAACUCCUUCUCCUACCUCACAUCUGGAGAGAUCAAACUUCCAGUGCUUGAGAACUCCCUCUCCAUCAGCACCAGAGCUCUCAUAUGCUCUCUGCAGUCCUCAGCAGCUGUUACUCUCCAGCUAAAACUGGUGCGGGAAGGUGACAGCUGUGAGGAGUCUCUGCAGCGCCUCCUGGUGGAGGACAAGAGUCCUAACGGUGGAGCUUCAUACGCUGACUUUCUUUUUCACCUUCAUGUCAAUGCAUUGCGUCUUGUCGUGUGACAGUCUCUUCUCAUAGACAAGGCUGUGGAAUAUUUGUAAAGUCCUUUGUGAUAGUUCAGUCCCAAUGUAGUUUACCUUUUGUUUCCUCGAUAGCCAUUGCUGCUGCUGUUCUUAAAUCUAUGAGGAAAAAGAGUUCUGUCUGGAUUUACCAUACAUUUAUCUCUGAAAUAUUUACAUUUUACAACUUUAGUAAAUGCAAAUUCGAUGUGACCAGCUUGUUUUAGGAGAAAUGCUGAAUACUACUAUUAGUCCUUUAAUUUUCAAGGGCUUAGAAUGACUGAUUAGUGUUUGAACUCCCAUCAAAGACUCAGUGAUUAAUGAUUCUCUAUUUGAAGUGUGUGUGUGUUGUGUGUGUGUGUGUGUUGUGUGUGUGUGUGUUUGGUUCUAGACACAGGUUUGAUUUAACAUUUGCUCUUGUGUCAUGAAUAUUGCACUCUGAAUUGAAUUCAUGAAUUUGCCCAACUGGCAGCGGUGAGUUAGAGUGUGCAUGUUAAUAUUUUUCAAGCAAUAAUAUAUUCAUUGAAUUUUUGGUCUCAUUACACCUCAAUAUUUAAUGUCUUGAUAAAACCCCUGAUAUUUUUCAAAGGGCCAUCAGCAUGUGGACCUAACACUUUACAGUUGUAAUAAUUUACGUAACAUUUCUUUUGUAUGAAGAAGAUACUUUUC